GGACUGCUUUACAAGUUUAGCUUUUGGUUGAAGGAUCCCUUCUACUUUGUACAAGGCUUCCCGCGCCUGCUUCUUGGGCCCAGUCAUAUGGCCUGUCAUGUUUUUUACUGCUGGAGAUCCCUCAAUUCUUCUUUUUCAACAAGGUAUCGCCACAUAGAGCCUUAUAAGGCAAUCUUUAUGAACCACUUGCUUCUUCAUACAUCUGCUCCUUUACAUUUCACUCAUAAGAGAUAAUAAUGUCAAAUCUGUAGACGUUUCAGUCGCCGGAAGUCAUAACCCGGAAGUUGAUGUCAUACCAAAUCGAGGCUCUAAAAUUUUAGAAAAAUAUUAUUUUACAGUUUAUUUUCCAGUUUUGGUCCAAUUCAAUCCAUGUGUAGUAUAGUUCGCAUGUGUGUUAUGUAGUUAUGUAGUCCAAUUAUCUUGGGAAGCUAUGGUUAAUGAUAGAGAUUAUGAUGUCAGAUCAAGAGUCUAAAAGUACCAAACAGUGUGCCUGUAAGGGUAUUAGAACAUGCCUCGUGUGUGAGCCAACAACCAUAGAACAGAAACUUCCAAACAGAAGGGUAAGAAAGGAAACCUAUUUAUAUUGCCAAAAGUGUGAAAAGGCAUGGCUACAAGAAGAGGGAUCCACAAAUGAUCAUUCCAACCAUUCAGGACAGUCCAUACAAUUCCCUGGAGUUUACGUCAAAACUGAUUUUUUAACAGAAAUUGAGGAGAAAACUCUGGUGUCUGAGGUAGAAAAACAACCAUGGGUAGAGUCACAGUCAGGACGUAGAAAACAGGAUUAUGGGCCAAAAGUAAAUUUCAAGAAGAAAAAGAUAAAAACAGCAUCAUUCACGGGCCUACCAGAAUUCAGCGAAUCAAUAAUCGACAAACUCACUAAUCUUCCAUUGCUGAAAAACUUUAAGGUUGUUGAACAAUGCAAUUUGGAGUAUGACCCGAAACAUGGAGCCGCAAUAGACCCCCAUUUUGAUGACUUUUGGCUGUGGGGUGAACACCUAGUGACGUUAAACCUUUUAUCAGAUACAUUUUACACAAUGAGUGACCCACAGAAUGAGGAUUAUAUAGUCAAGAUAUAUUUACCUCCUCGAUCGCUUGUGGUCCUUUAUGGUCCGGCUAGGUUCAAAUGGAAGCAUGCAAUUGAAAGGGGGGAUAUAAACGCAAGACGAUUGGCUAUCACAUUAAGAGAGUUAACCCCUGAAUUUCUGGAGGAUGGACCGAAAGAGGAGCAAGGGAGAGAAUUGUUAAAGAUCGCAUAUGGGUUUAAAGGGCUCCCAGUUGGAGUCGCAGUGAUAUGAAUGCCAUGAAAUUAGUGAUUUUGGACAUCUCUCCAAGUAGCAUUUUUAAUUGUUUGCUUUUGGUCUUGUUGAGCUCAUCCAUGUAGCAGUCCUGUUUA